CAAAACUCCGCCUUCCCAGGAGUCCCUGCGGCCGGGCGCGAAGAUGGCGGCCGCGAAGGCUGUGGUGGCGGUAGGGCACCCGUGAAACAGCAGAGAUGGAACCUCCCCCGGCGCCGGGGCCGGAGCGGCUCUUUGACUCGCACCGGCUCCCAGCUGACGGCUUCCUGCUCCUCGCGCUGCUGCUCUACGCGCCUGUCGGGUUCUGUCUUCUCGUCCUGCGCCUGUUCCUCGGGAUCCACGUCUUCCUGGUCAGCUGCGCCCUGCCAGACAGCGCCCUUCGCAGGUUCGUGGUGCGGACCAUGUGUGCGGUGCUGGGGCUUGUGGCCCGGCAGGAUGACUCCGGACUUCGGGAUCAACGCGUCAGGGUCCUCGUUUCCAACCACGUGACACCUUUCGACCACAACAUAGUCAACAUGCUUACCACCUGUAGCACCCCUCUACUCAAUAGUGCCCCCAGCUUUGUGUGCUGGUCUCGCGGCUUCAUGGAAGUGGAUGGGCGGGGGGAGUUGGUGGAGUCACUCAAGAGAUUCUGUGCUUCCACGAGGCUUCUCCCCACCCCUCUACUGCUGUUCCCCGAAGAGGAGACCACCAAUGGCCGGGAGGGACUCUUGCGCUUCAGUUCCUGGCCAUUUUCUAUCCAGGAUGUGGUACAACCUCUUACCCUGCAAGUUCAGAGACCCCUGGUCUCUGUGACGGUGUCAGAUGCCUCCUGGGUCUCAGAACUGCUGUGGUCACUUUUCGUCCCUUUCACGAUGUAUCAAGUAAGGUGGCUUCAUCCUGUUCAUCGCCAGCUGGGGGAGGGGAGUGAGGAGUUUGCACUUCGUGUACAACAGCUGAUGGCCAAGGAAUUGGGACAGACAGGGACACGGCUUACUCCUGCAGACAAAGCAGAGCACAUGAAGCGACAAAGACAUCCCAGAUUGCGUCCCCAGUCAGCCCAGUCUUCAUUCCCUCCCUCCCCUGGACCUUCUCCUGAUGUGCAGCUGGCAACUCUGGCUCAGAGAGUCAAGGAGGUUUUGCCCCAUGUGCCAUUGGGCAUCAUCCAGAGAGAUCUGGCCAGGACUGGCUGUGUAGACUUGACCAUCACUAAUCUACUUGAGGGGGCUGUAGCUUUCAUGCCUGAAGACAUCACCAAGGGAACUCAGUCCCUACCCACAGCCUCUGCCCCCAAGUUCCCCAGUUCUGGCCCGGUGACUCCUCAGCCCACAGCCGUAACAUUUGCCAAGUCUUCCUGGGCCCGUCAGGAGAGCCUGCAGGAGCGCAAGCAGGCACUGUAUGAAUAUGCAAGAAGAAGAUUCACAGAGAGAUGGGCCCAGGAGGCUGACUAAGCUCAAAGGAACAGAUGGCACUCAGAGCCGCAGGACGGAGACUGGGGGCAGCCCUCAUCCAACUCACAACAGCUGGAUGGGUGGAUGGUAAAAAGGGAGGGAUGGGGCUCCCCCAAGAUUGCAUUAAAUUCAGGGUUUUCACUCAA